GCACCUCGAGUCAGUCAGCCGCUCCCCUGUCUAUUCCCAUUUCAACGAGACUUGCUGGGGGUCAACGUCAUUUGGGCCUUUGAGGAGCAGGAGCACUUUAUCCACCAGAGUGACCUGAAGGUGGGCGGAACCAGAAGGCCUGUUACCCCAGCAUUGUGGCCAACAGGUGGCUGGCCGUGCGUCUGGAGUGUGUGGGCAACUGGCAACUGCAUUGUCCUGUUUGCUGCCCUGCUUGCAGUGAUCUCCAGGCACAGCCUCAGCGCUGGCUUGGUGGGCCUCUCAGUGUCUUACUCAUUGCAGGCAAGAGGGGACGCUCGUGGCUGGAUCGUUAACGUGUUAAUGGGGGAGCCAGUUGUGCUUUGCUUUGGAUUCCAAGUCCAACAGGAAUGGGGGAGAGGAAAGGGAGAGGCAUGGAGUUUGAGGAGUGGAUACAAUGCCUGGUGACCAACUAGAAUGGAGAGGAAUUUCACAUGUUGCCAAGAUUUUCCCCAUCAAAGACAUUCCUUGAUGGCCCAAGAGGAUACUUCCAGGUCACCGUGUACUUGAGCUGGCUGGUUCGGAUGUCAUCUGAGAUGGAAACCAACAUUGUGGCCAUGGAGAGACUCAAGGAGUAUUCAGAAACUGAGGAGGAGGUGAGGAAACUGAGACAGAAAAGUGAAGCUGCUUGUCCAAGAUCACAUGGCUGGUAAAUGGCAGACCUAGGCUUUGAGCCUGUGCCUCCUCGGAGACCCUCUCCAGUGCCAUGGGAGUUGUACUGCACUGCAUCCUGAGGAAAUGCCCCUUGGGAGAGAGACCAAGGCCUCUGGCACCUUGGCAAAUCCAGGAAACAGCUCCGCCCAGCAGCUGGCUCCAGGUGGGCCGAUGGAAUUCUGGAACUACUGCCGGUGCUACGGAGACCUGGAUUUUGUUCUCAGGCACAUCAGUGGAGGACAAAAGGUUGGCAUCAUGGGGCGGACGGGAGCAGGGAAGUUGUCCCUGACCCUGGGCUUCUUUCAAUCAACGAGUCUGCUGACGGAGCGAUCAUCAUCGAUGACAUCAACAUUGCCAAGAUCACCUCAUCCCCCAGGACCUUGUUUUUUGGGUUCCUUCUGCAUGAAGCUGGACCCAUUCAGCCAGUACUCAGAUGAAGUCUGGACGUCCCUGGAGCUGGCUCACCUGAAGGACUGCGUGUCAACCCUUCCCGAUAGGCUGGACCACGAGUGCGCAGAAGGUGGACAGAACCUCAGGCAGCGCCAGCUUGUGUGCCUGGCUCGGGCCCUGCUGAGCAAGAUGAAUAUCCUUGUGUUGGAUGAGGCCACGGCGGCCGUGGACCUGGAAAUGGGCGACCUCAUUCAGUCCACCAUCCAGACGCAGUUCAAAGGCUGCACUGUCUUCACCGUUGCCCACCGGCUCAUCAUCAUCAUGGACUACACAAGAGUGAUUGUGAGGAUUAAGAAAAUGAAGGUCUAGAAUUCUACUGGCACAUAGUAGGUGUUCAAGAAAGGUGAGUAUCACCACUGUCAACUGCUACAUCUGGUGGGAGGACUUGGGCCCCUGCGGGGGGGAGCAGUGGGCCAGGCUGGUGCUUACCCUGCUGUUGCACACUGUCCUUUCCUGUUGGCCAUGCUGUCCUGUCAGGGUCAUCUAGUGGAACCCCUCUCUGGGCUAAUGAAGCAGUAUAGUCCUUCUCAAGGAUUGACUUGAUGGACCUGUUGUUGAGAGGAAAUAAAGAUGAAGUCAGUGUCUCUCCCAGUAGUGGGGUGUAUGCACCCAACCCUCAGGCCCACAUACAUACACUGAGCUCAGGGUAUACUCUCCAUUCAUUCAUUCAUCAUUCAUUCAUCCAUCCAACACAAUACUGACCUGAUAUCACACUUCCCUUCUCCCUGUGUGGCACGCAGCUAAAUGCCAUCAAUUACCUCAGAGUCAAGCAAGCCCCUUCUUCUGAUGCCAUUUCACAGGAUGAACUUAGUUUGCCUGUCAUUGGAACUCUGUUCUCAGAAUUUUCUUUUUUUCUUUUUUGAGACAGGGUCAUGCUAUAUUGCCCAGGUUGGUCUCAAACUCCUGAGCUCAAGCGAUCCGCCCACCUCAGCCUCCCGAAGUGCUGGGAUUACAGGCAUAAGCUGCUACACCCAUCCUGUUCUCAGAAUUUUCAUUUUGGCUUAAGCUUUGGUGCAAUUGGUUUGCCCCUACUGUUUACCAUCAGAUUUGUCAGUCCAACUGACAGAACAUAAAUUAUGCACAAUUCAGAUGUUGAAGACUUUUUGAAUGCCUUGUCUGUGGAUGGGUGAGCUGACUUAGCCUGUGUACCUCAGUGUCCUCAGCUGUCAAGAUGGGGUACUAUCUAUCCAUCCAUCCAUUUAUCUACGUAUCUGUAUAUCUAUAUAUACUGGUCUACCUACCUGUUAUUAAGUUCAGCCUAAAGCUGCCUCCUUACAUAUUUUAGGUUUGGCCUAAAUGUUUUCCCAUACAUAGUGAACUGUAAAUUAACUGGACUCCUACACACACUGGAACCUACUCAUGUGUCAAUCACUGAAUUUCAGCCAAUAGAAGGCAGCCAACUGUUUAAACCAUGUUCAAAUAAAGCAAAUGCUGAGCUGCAACCA